UUUCCGCAGUUAGGAUCGUUUCAGUGGACUAUAGGCUCUCUGAAAAGCCGUGCGUAAAGAGCGCGCACACAUAGAGACUACUAGUUCUUCAUUGCGGAUUGAAUUUUUGCGAACUCCACGUCAAACAGAAAUCCACCCGUGGACUUUUACUCUGGAGGGCUGCUUUCACCAUGAGCGCCGGACAGACGUAUGAGAAGAAGAUAGCGAGCAUUUUGACCGACCUGCCUGGAUCUAUGAGCUGCCACCCGAGCUCCAAGGACUCCCCCACUUUGCCCGAGUCCUCGGUGACGGACAUGGGCUACUACAGCGGACAGGCGGCCCUGGGCCACCACGAGUAUUACCAGGGUCAACCGUACGGACAGCCCAUGAACUCUUACCACCAUCAGUUUAACCUGAACGGAAUGGGAGCCGCGGGAGCGUACGCCACUAAAUCUGAAUACCCAUACACGAAUAGCUACAGACAGUACGGACAUUACAACAGAGAUCACCUGCAGGCCUCGCCUCCAAGCUCAGUGAAAGAAGAGCCAGAGCCCGAGGUGCGUAUGGUGAAUGGAAAACCGAAAAAGAUCCGCAAGCCGAGGACGAUCUACUCCAGCUACCAGCUCGCUGCCCUGCAGAGGCGCUUCCAGAAGGCGCAGUACCUCGCACUGCCCGAGAGAGCGGAGCUGGCGGCUCAGCUCGGCCUUACCCAGACACAGGUCAAGAUCUGGUUCCAGAACAGGAGGUCCAAGUUCAAGAAGCUGUACAAGAACGGCGAGGUUCCCCUGGAGCACAGCCCCAACGCCAGCGACUCCAUGGCCUGCAACUCCCCGCCCUCCCCCACUGCCGUCUGGGAGAACAGCACCCCUCAGGGCACCCCGAUCAGCAGACCUCAGGUCCCACAGCCGACGCACAGCUCGUCGCCGCCAUACCUGGAGGAUUAUAACAACCACUGGUACCAGCAGGGAUCACACCUACAGCACCCGGGCACCGUGCACCACCCAGUCCCGCAGCAGAGCGUGGGAGCUGUUUAUUAACAAAGACUCCAGAGCAGAUUGAUCUCUCCAGAUUUAUUUUAUUUUUUCUCCAAACGAGGUUGUCUCCACAAUGACUCUGCAGAGCAAACUGGACCGGGAGCAGGCCUGAAGUGAAACAUUGCGUUCUUUAUUUUUUUUUCUGGAUGAUCAAGAAUGUUUCAGAACUGGGUUUUUUUCCAUUCACAAAGCACAUAAGGGAUUUCUGGUCACUUGUGGCAGCAUAUUUAACGGAUAUCUGGCGUGGUUUUUAAAUUAUUUAUCGCUUAUAUUUUAUUUCCUUAACUUCUUUUUUAUGUAAAUGAAUAGGCCUAUGCAACGUUUUUUUUUUAACAAAUAGCCUAUAACCACAAACCGAAUAAUGACAAAACUGUGCAGUUGAUCCAUGCUACAAUCAAAUCAUGCAUGCGGGUUUGUAGAUAGCGCCUAAAGAAAAGGAAAAAAAAACACUCAGGUCAUAUUUAUAUGGAUUUGUACAAAACGUCGAAGGUUGUAAAUAUGUGUUUAUAUGCAGAACCACUAUGAUCAUAUUUGUUUGAAACGGAACGACUGCACUGUGGUGCCUCCAAAAACCAUUUUUAUAUUCAUGUAAUUAGUCCACUUGUUGCCUUCUUGUCAAUUGAAUAAAGGUGUUAAUUGCA